AUGGGUUGCCAUAGCCUGUGUGUGGCCUUGGCAAUGGUUCUGCUUCUCGAGCCUAGCCUUUCUCCGGCUUGCUUGCAGUGUGACCCCAAUUUCGCCAACCGCUUUGCCUCUUAUGCCCCACACUUGAGCCGGAAGUCCUGGGGGCUGGGGGAUGUGCCGGCUGCAGGUCGAAGGCUGCGGGGCUGGGUUCAAGAUACUCUUCAGGACUUGCACCUCGGGGUCGCUCCCGAGAUCCCUAUGGGGGAGCUGCAGGUCAUAGCAACUACGGUGUAUGGAAAACUUGACACAUUGUUCAGGGACAACACAUACAAGCCUGGCGUUCUUCCAGAAAUCCUGAGCUCUAUAUUUGAAGAACAAGUCAAAAUGCUACGGAAUGCCAUAAUUGAAAGCAGAGUGAAGUGUGAACGCCACUGUGGCAUAAACCAGUAUGAAGCCAUCUCCUGUGAGACAUGCAAUGUAACCAAACCAACUUGCUUUGGCUAUAACUGCGAGUCCUCAGAAGAAUGGGAAGAUGCCUUGAAGGGUCUCUAUGAGUACAUGAAGAAUUUGAGCACGGAUCCGGGCGAGUGGGCGAUGGCCCUAAAACAAGUCCCUGCAUUUAGUCACUGUACCUCCACAAGCCCAGAGACACUGAAUUUUACAAGUAUAGGGGACACUCUAUCAAAAAACUGGCUCAAUUUGAUGGCUCUGAAGGACCUGGAAGAUGACACACCUGUCUUACAACUACUUGCACCUAGUUGCUGAGUUGCUGUUUCUUUUGUGUAACGCAAAUUUGAUACACAAAAUAAAGUGAAGAGAUC